AUAAUGAACAUCCAGUCUCAUUCAAAAUCCCAACUCCAAUUAAAUUUCUUCAUGAACUUGUUAAUUCUGCUGAAAAACAAUUUAUGAAAAUCAACAAAAUCGAUUAUAAUAUUAAUUGUCAAAUCUACUACUUUUAUGAAUACUUUAAAGCUUUUCUUCAAGCAGCAACUCAAAAUGAUAAAAUCUUCAACUUAAGCUACAACCAAGCUAUUAAAAAAGCUACAACUCAAAUUACAGACAUUUAUUUUUUAGCCAGAAUUAUUAUCUACUUUGAAAUACUUAAACAAAAUG